AUGCAACUUUAUUCAUCAGCAGGAGGAGAGCCAGAAGCUGCUACUGAACACCUUCCAGCCACUACUUCAAAGGUUACUGCAGACAUGUGCAACACAGCAAGUGCAGGCUUUUCCUUCCUUAGAUGUGGCUUUAGAGCAUUGGGAAGCCUGCAGAUCAAGGUUACCGGAGCAUUUCCAUGCAUUCAAGACAGCAGCCACGGGCCCCCUCUUGAGCCUGUUCAUGCUGGCGCAAUGACCAGCACCACAAUUGCCUGCUUCCUAGUUCCAUGCUGGGACCUUGGUGUAGGCGAAAGGAUUUGGGCAGCAACCUGCCUGGAUUCUGGCAACAAUCAUCCAACACCAGAGCCAGAAGGUCUUUAGAGUGCAGCUCCUGGACUGUGAGCUUCUGUAACAUGCCAAUCAACUUUGUCCCUGACUAGUUUCCCAACAGUUUUUUCCAUCUCCCUCUCCAUACCACCAUUACCAGUCACCUAGUUCCCAACCUAUCCAGAGCCAUCCAGGCAUCGUAACACCAGACUUAUUCAUGCCUUUUGCCCACAGCCAGCUGAUCAACACUGCACCCCAACAAGAGCAACUUAUUCCAGACAUCAUCCAGCCCCGCAGCCUGCCAUUCUUGGACAACAAGAUGUCAUCCGCUCACCAACCACAAGUAAUUCAAGAUGAAGAUGAAGACAGGCCACUGUCUCCUCCUGCUUCGCCUGCUCUGCUGCCAAGGUCCACAUCAUACAACCUUCACCUCCGGCUGGGGUGUUAUUGUAUGUAUACACCUGUGCCCGAGUCACCAAUGACACACCCAUGGAUGUGGCGUUCAUUUGCAGCAGAUGUUUCCCCUCUUCCCCAAGGGGGAAGGGAUGUGGUAUCCACCACUAUUAAAUCUCUGCACCAAGCAGCGGCAUCCUCCAUAAUAUACAGCUGAGAAAUGCAUCAUUGGCCACACUUCUCCAUGUGUGGUCCAUUACUAAUUUUGCAAAUGUGUGCUUCAAACCACUGUGAUUGGUCAUCCAUAACACUCAGCAACUGGCCACCCAGAAUAUACAGCAACUCCAGUUGUUGGCUCCAUUAACCAUGGGGCCUUAUUUAACGCUGCUACCGAUGUCUACAAGCCAGUUCUCAUUGCGCUAUGUUCUGCUCCACAACUCGGAAGUGCUACACUGUGGUGGACUUGCUGUUCAAUGUUGUUUUGGCUGUUCUCUGGACUUAGAAUCUGAAUGCUGUACUGGAACUUGAACUCCAACGUUCACUAGGCUAAGUAUGCCAAUGGACUUGUGGUUUCUUCCAGAAUUCUGCAUUUCACUGUCACUUCAUGGACAUUGGUAUAAUUUUCCAUAAAGUGUUCCUCUACAACUUAGCACUUGGUAACAGACUUAUUUGUAUCAGUGUUGUGUCAAUAAACCACACAACAGUGAUAUAUUUAUUGUAUUAUUCCUGGUUAUAUCACUUUCGUGACAGGUGAACCUUGCAAUAUUGUUUUAUUUGCAACUGUAUCCUCCAAUUGAAACUAUAUUUCACUGAGCUCAACUGUGUGUUGCUAUGUAUCAAUCCCUGCAUCAUGUUUGUUGAUAAAAUC